AUGCCCACGACUCCAAGCGAGCUCAAUUCGAGCUCAGCUGGAAAUGAAGACAAGUCUUUUGAGAAUCGAACGCCAACGGAUAUUGUUGACCCACAAAUUGAACAAGAAACUGAAUUGUUGGAGGGUACGAAGGGCAAAGAACAUUUGCAGUUCAAAAAUGGGGUGGAUUAUAUUAAUCCUGGUGAAGAAGAUCAGAUGGAAGUUUACGGAUACCGUAGGAACAUUAUAUUCACGAUGAUCACAUGGUUCUUUAUAAUAGCAACCGGUGGUCUCCUACGCCUUGUAUUCCACUGGCUACCUCAUUAUAUGGUUCGAGCCACCCACUCAAAAUGUUCAGUCAAGAAGGCUAGUGUUGUGCUGUUGAUCGAAAGAUUUCAAGGCGAUCAUGUUUGCUAUUAUGUUGAAAAACUAACGACCCUGAAUGCUGCCGAUGUAUGUAAAAAUGCAUCGGCCAGCGAGACGUGGGUUGGUAAAUCAGGGAAUGAUACGACUGGUGUCAAUUCGACAGAUCUGGCUGGUGUGACAACUGUAGAUGAUGCUCUGAAGCUGUCAAUUCACUUCCACAGCGGACAUUUUGAACAAGUGUCCUCCAUUUUGACGUUCACGUGCAAAAAAUUUAUUUACAUUUGGGAUAAUGACCGCGGCGAAUUUCUUAAACUAGCUGGCCUAGAUACUGGUGUUUAUACGUCAACGUUGCACGAAAUGCAGGGCUUGACUUCUCAAGAACAAUUUCUAAGGCGCAGUGUCUAUGGGAAAAAUGAAAUAAACGUCCCUCUGAAAAGCUUUUUACAUUUAUUGUGGCUCGAAUUUCUGCAUCCAUUUUACAUUAUUCAAUUAUUCAGUUUUUGUUUGUGGCUGUCCGAAUUAUACUUCUUCUACUGUUCAGUAAUUCUGAUAACAGCUUCUAUAAGUCUUAUAUUGUCUGUCAUCCAGAUGCGUCGGAAUCAGCAUAAACUACAUUCAACAGUCCACUUAUUAGACAAAGCUACAGUGAUACGGAACCGAAAAAUUGACAAAACAGACUCCAUAACAUCUGACCAAUUGGUUCCUGGUGACAUCUUAGUAAUACCUCCUCAAGGUUAUCUAAUGUCCUGCGAUGCAGUUCUUCUUUCUGGGACAUGCAUCGUUAAUGAGUCGAUGUUAACUGGAGAAUCCGUACCAGUCACUAAAACCUCAGUCCCAUUGUGCGCGAAUGUGAUAUACGAUACCAAAAAACACGCUCGCUCUACCCUGUUUUGUGGAACGAAAGUUAUCCAAACUCGUACGUUUGGGAAUGAAAAAGUUCUUGCCGUUGUAAUCCGUACGGGUUUCGCUACUGUCAAAGGAGGACUAGUGCGAACAAUAUUGUACCCGCCACCUGUGGACAUCGAAUUCGAGCAAGACUCUUAUAAAUUCAUAAAACUUAUGACAUGUGUUGCAUUUGUUAGCGCUAUUUAUACAGCAGUGACUAAAGCGCAGCGCGGCAUACACGCUGGUGAAAUAGUCCAUGAGGCUCUGAAUCUCUUUACUAUAGUAGUUCCACCAGGACUGCCUGCUGCUAUAACGAUAGGGCGUUUAGCAGCCCAAAACCGGCUCGAGAAACAUAGAAUCUACUGUACAGAGCCUCGAGUCAUUACUGUAUCAGGUUCUAUUGACUGCAUUUGCUUUGAUAAAACUGGAACCCUUACUGAAGAUGAUCUAGAUAUGUGGGGAGUUGUUCCGGUAGCAGAAAGAAAGUUUUCUGUACCUGUUAAGUCAAUUAGAUCAUUAACGACAGCAGAAUUAUUAUUUGGCAUGGUGACUUGUCAUGAAAUAUCAAUCAUUGAUGGAUCAUUGGUUGGAGAUCCACUGGAUCUAAAGAUGUUCGAAUCAACCGGCUGGACCCUCGAAGAGCCUGACGAAUCGGGUAACACUAAAUUCUCAAUGAUGUUUUCUAUAAUCGUACGCCCUCCCGAGAAUUCGAGGCUAAUACAACCUCAAAAGCCGCUGCUGAAUGUGUACCCAACUCACCAAAAAUCAAUCGCCAAUUCUGAAGUAGACAAUUUGGCUGCUACGAAUGUAGAAUUAGCUGAGCUAGGAUCAGGAAUAGGUAUCGUAAGACAUUUUCCUUUUGCAUCAAGCUUGCAGCGUAUGAGUGUCAUCACCCAAACGUUGGGUGCUACGCACUAUGAUCUCUACUGCAAAGGAAGUCCGGAAAUGAUCCAAAGUUUAUCACGUCCAGAAUCAGUUCCUGCAGAUUUUACUUCCGUUCUCCAGCAUUACACCUCCGAAGGCUACCGUGUAAUUGCAAUGGGACAAAAACAACUCAAUAAACUAACUCAUGCUGAAGCUCAAUGCAUUAGCCGUGAGUCUGCGGAAAGCGAUCUCUACUUUCUGGGUUUCAUUAUCCUAGAUAACCGACUUAAGCAAGAAACAACUCCAACUAUAAAAGCACUUAAUCAGGCAUCAAUAAGGACAGUUAUGGUUACUGGUGAUAAUAUCCUUACGGCGUUAUCUGUAGCACGUGAUUGCGGCAUGAUACAGUCAGACAUGCCAGUUAUUGCUGUGACUGCAGAACAAAUUGUCCAACGAAAGCCACAAUUAUAUUACACCCGUAGUGAUCAUACCGUUCCAUCACCAAUGUCCUCAAGCGAAAUGACUGAUUCGAAUAAUGUCAUUUCGCUAAAAAAAAUCGAAAGUGAUUCAUUCGUUCGUGCAGAUGGAGUCUAUCUUUCUGACGACUACCAUAAGCACAAUACUAACAAAUAUGCAUUUGCCGUUGAUGGCAAAACCUGGGCAAUCAUCAAAGAACAUUACCCAGAGGUUCUUCCUAAAAUAGCAACACGUGGAGCGAUUUUUGCACGGAUGUUACCAGAUCAGAAGCAGCAGCUGGUCCAAGAGUUACAGGGUCUCGGAUACUAUGUCGCCAUGGUCGGAGAUGGAGCCAACGACUGUGGUGCCCUGAAGGCUGCUCACACUGGAAUCUCGCUCUCCGAUACAGAGUCAUCAGCAGCGUCACCGUUCACCAGCCAGGAACCGAAUAUUUCUUGCUCGCAAUCUGUUAUCAGGGAAGGUCGUGCUGCGUUGAUCACCUCUUUCAGUAUCUUUAAGUUCAUAGCAGCCUUUUCUUUGGGACAAUUAGUCCUAACCAUGAUGUUAAUAGAAAUCGAUUCAGGUCUUACCGACUUCGAAUACUUGUACACCGACUUCUGCAUUACGUCGAUUUUCUUAUUUAUCUCACCAUACACUCCGGCUUAUGAUGGCCCACUGGCAAAGAAGCCGCCUGUAAAGAGUCUACUCGGUACAUCAUCAUUGUUGAGUCUUUCGUCACAAGUAAUCAUUAUCAUCGGUUUCCUGUGCUUGAGUUACUUCAACCUCCAACAGUAUGAUUGGUACAAACCGUAUAAUAUCAGAAAGAAAGAAGGAAAAACCGGCUAUGGUUGUCAUGAAAACUAUACCAUGUUCAUCAUGAGUGCAAUGCAGUCAAUUAUACUUGGAAUAACCUUUUCUAGGGGCCACCUGUAUCGCAAAAGUAUUUUCAGCAUUCGCGGAUUACGACUCUAUACCAUUUUUAUUACAUCGUUCACUAUUUACUUGGCUAUUAAUCCAUUUGAGUGGCUGCGUAACCGAUUAGAACUAGAAAUGCCACCAGAAAUGUCAUUUAGGAUCAGAUUGGUCUUAUACUGUGCUGCUCACUUUAUUGUUUCAUUGUUCGCCGAAUAUUAUAUGGUUGAUUACUUGGCUGCAAGCAAGAAACGCUGUGGCAAGCGCGAUAUCGACCAAUCGAGACGAAAGUUUUUGGCGAUAGAACGUGACUUGUCAAAGAACACGAAAUGGCCGCCUCUCACACAAGAACCGUCGACUCCAGAUGGCGCUGUUCCUAAAUGA